UCCAAAAUAAGUCAGGCUGUAAUGGGGUGAUGCCCUGCUAUCGCUAGCUAGGUGGAGAAAACUCCUUUAUCCAGCUGCUGUUUUAAUCAGUGCGGGUUGACUGAACUGAACAUUUCCAUUGAUGGUGAAAUGAGACGUGAAAAGUGAAUGGGACUAUUUAUGUUGACGUUUCUGUCCUCAUUCAUCUUGUUUGUGACACACUUGUAAAAACGAUGUUGCAAUGUUACUAAUUAGCGUUGUUGUCCCGAUGGCUGAAGUUACUGCGUAGCUAUCAUAGACUGUAUGAACAAAUGUAGCGAUAGGCACUCACCACUUAUGCUGCCAUUGCCUGAAUUGCAGGAGUUGCUCGCUCCACUUUUCCCCACAUCUUCCCCACUUCUUUUUUUCAGCAGAUUGAUGGCGACCAUGACGACACCCUGCUAUGCAUGGCAACGGUGACAGUGUUGAAGGAGGCUGUCCAGCUCCCAGUAGAGUGGUGUCACGUAAAAGAAAAGAAUGCCUACACACACUGACAGGGAGCCAGGAUUUUUACCCUGUGAAGAGGGUUGCCAAAUGCAAAGUUGUUAAGGGCCAAAAAAUGAAGCGGGUCGAGUGGGAGCCAUGCAAACUCUGUGGAAAGAAGUGGCCAUUGGAGUGGGUGGCGGAUGACAACACUUGUUAGUGCUUCCAUUGUAGGUGCCAUUGGUGUGUGGAGAUCUGUAAAUUAUAUCUGUAAAUUAUUAUAAUAGUAAAUUAUAUUGUU